AUGUGUUGUCUGUGUGUCGUCCGGAUGAUGUGCAGCCGCCUGUGUAUGUACUGGCUGCUGGUCAGGUCGACGGCGGUCCACUUGUUGUUGGUAGUCGUGGCGUUGCCAUCACGACUCGUCGCGGAGGAGAUGAUCCCCACGACGGCUAGUUUGAUUGUCCUCGAGCACCGACUCGUCGAGGAGCGUCCGCUCGGGCAGGUGGUGCUGCGGUUGGCCGAUGAGUUGUCGCGGUUGAGUGGCGCAUCCUUGCGGUACCAUCAGUUUCAUCUGCUGCCGAUGCAGGACGCUGGACUGUUCCGCGUCACGCCCGACGGUCGACUGGUGACGGUGCAGCGAGUGGAUCGCGAAUCGAUCUGCGGCGCGGCCGGCCGUCUCGAGGUCGAGUCGCGGCGGGUGACGAUGACGACGACGACGACAACGACGGCGUCGAGUCGUCGCGUCUGUCUGCUGCAAUUGCAGGCGACCGCGCUCGAAUACCCGCUCGAGGCGGCCGGGCCCCGCCGUCUCCGGCAGCUGCUCGUGCAACUGCGUCUCGUCGACGUCAACGACAACCCGCCCAUCUGCCAAGUGGUCGCUGGCGCCGGAUCCGCCGGUCAGCUCGACGUGCCCGAAGAUGCGCCCGUCGACUCGCUGGUGGCUCGAGUCCGCCUCACCGACGCCGAUUCGCGCCACCACGGCAUCCUCGGCGCCAGCCUGCUUGGCCCGGCCGUCGGCGAUGCCGACCUGCUGCCCUUCCGCGCCCAGUUCGACCUCGCCUCCGCCGCCUCGGCGAGCCCAAUGGCGACGACGACCCACGCCGACCGCGGGCCCUGGUCCAGCGUCGACGUCGUCCUCCGGCUCAUCCGUCGCCUCGACUACGACCGGCUUCAGCCCGAGUUCGCGCUGCGACUCGUCGUCUGGGACUCGGGCCGGCCGGACGGCGCCAACGUCGCUGAAGCCGACGAUGACAGCAACGGCGACGGCGACGGCGACGGCGAGGAUACGGUCAUCGGAGCUCGACUGACGACCACGUGCAGUCUGCAGAUCCGCGUGCGCGACGUCAACGACCACAGUCCGGUGUGGACGGCGCCGCGCGCGAUAGCGGCCGGACUCGGUCUGACGUUGGCGGUGUUCGAGGGCGAGUUGGAGGGCCGGCGCGAGCUGGUCUGUCUGGAGGCGCGCGACGCCGACGUCGGCGCCAACGCGAAACUGCGCUACGAACUGGUGGAGGAGACGGGCGAGCCGGUCAACUCGGUCAGUCCGCGGCCCGAGCUCGACCUCUUCCAGCUGCAGCCGGACUCGGGCUGCCUGCAACUGCGCACUUUGCCCGUCGACUUCGAGGCUGUGGCGGCGCGCUUUCCGCGCCUCAUCGAUCGAGCCCCUCGGCCCGGCUGGCUGCCGGUCCGACUGAACGUGCGCGCCGUCGACCAGCCGCAGACGCCGGGCGAGGCGGCUCGUUCGAGCCCCGUCGCCCGACUCACCGUCUGGCUGGUCGAUGUCAACGACAACGAGCCGCAGGUCCAGAUCAUCGGCCUGCAGCCCGCCUCGCCGGGCGCAGUCGACGUCGUUGCGGACCGGCGACACACGCACGACGUCGUGGUGGCCGAGAACCUGCCGGCCGGAGAGCCGGUCGCGGCCAUCUUUACGCACGACGCCGACGCCGACGCCGGCACGGCCGGACAGGGCCGGGUGACGUGUCGGCUGGAGGAGACGGGCCAGUUCGAGUCCGGCACCGGCGAGUCGGCGUUUCGGCUGGUCGAGGUGGCGGGCGCGGCCAGCGGCCUGACCUACCAGUUGGUGACGCGGCGGCCGCUGGACCACGAGGCGGCCGCGGUGCAUCUGCUGCGGCUGGCCUGCGCCGACGGCCCGGCGCCGGCGGGACUCGAGCUCGAGGAGGAGGGCGUGCUGCGCUUCGGCCGGCCGCGCUUCGACCAGCUCACCACGCAUCGGCUCAUCCGCGUCCUCGUCGCCGACGUCAACGACAAUCCGCCGCGCAUCCUUGCUCCGCUGCAGCCGCACUCGUCCGCGAGUCCCGCCGGUCCGGACGAGCCGGACGCCGCGACCGACAGUCUCGCCUGCUCCGUUGCCGAGCACUCGAGCGUGGGCACGCGCAUCUGCCAGCUGCGCGCCUGGGACGCCGACUCGGGCGGCAACCGACGUCUCGAAUGGUGGCUCGACGAGUCGGCCUCGCGCGGAUGGCUCGCUCUGCACCCGCAAACCGGCUGGCUCACGGUCGCCCCGGCCGGCCUGCCCACGCCCCAGAAGCCGGCGGGACUCGACCGCGAGCACAUCGACGAACUCCACUUCACCGUCUUCGUCCGCGACGGCCUCGACACCGCCGCCACCGCCGCCACCGCCGCCGCCGCCGCCACGUCACGGCUCACCGCCAGUGCCUCGCUCGUCCUCACCGUCGUCGACAUCAACGACCAGCCGCCGCGAAUGCCCGACAUGCACUACUUCGCCGUGCUCGAGAGCGCCGCGCCCGGCACCACCGUCGGCCAAAUUCGCGCCACAGACGCCGAUCUGCCCGGCAGCCGGAACGCCCAAAUCGCCUACCGGACGCUGGCAAUACAACCGGCCAAACUGGCCGACCUCAACGACCAGACGAACGCCGCGCCGAUUGACGCCGGCGACGAGCGCCGCCGGAGGCAGCAACAACUGCUGCGUCAGCACAGGUUUGUGCGCAAACAGACCGGCCUCAUCAGUGAAUUCGAGGUGAGCCAACCACUUCCCGGAAUGUCAGUAGCCCUUUGA